AUGGCCGAGAAGUACGACUUGACACAGACCCUCCUGCCCUACCUCGACAGGCACUUGGGUCUGCCACUUCUCUCCCACCUCGCCGACUCUGGCAUCUUUUCGCAGACCGACAUCGCAAAGGCCCAGUAUGAGUUGGCGAAAAACACUUCCAUGGUCGACUAUGCGCUCCAGCUUCACGAGCAGGCGUACCCUAACCAACCCGCACCUGCCGAGAUCGAAAAGCAGCGAGAGAACGCCAUCGCCUUGAACGACAAGCUUGGCUCGGAAGUUGACCACGUCCUCAACGUCAUCCAAGAUCCCAGUGUUGCCUCUGCGCUCAAGCAGGACAAGGCACAGAACUUGCAGUGGCUCGAAGAGAACUUCAACCUCACCAGCGAGCAGAUCAACGCACUCUACCGAUACGGAUACUUCCAAUUCAACUGUGGUAACUACGGCGAUGCCUCGUCGUACCUCUACCACUUCCGCGUCCUCUCCACCGACCCUGUGCUCACCAUGAGCUCGCACUGGGGUAAGCUCGCCAGCGACAUCCUUGUCGGUGAGUGGGAACAGGCUCUCAGCGAGCUCAAGUUGUUGCGAGAGCUGCUCGACUCUUCCGCCGCCCACGCUACCGCAUCCUACGCUCAGCCAUCAACCUCCAACGGCACCAGCCGCAACGAUGACUUGACGCAGGAAGGUCUCUUGAAGAAGCGCGCAUGGCUGCUUCACUGGGCUCUUUUCAUCUUCUUCAACCACCCCGCAGGCCGCGAGCAGCUCGUCGAGAUGUUCCUUUCUCCCGUCUACCUCAACACCAUCCAAACCACCUGCUGGUGGUUGCUCCGAUACGUCGUUGCCGCCCUGUUGCUUUCGCGACGAACAACGCGCGUCUACCUGGUGCAGCAGCCUGCUCCCGCCACCCUCAUGACCUCGGCCUCGAGCGCCAACGUCAACAAGUUGAGCUCUCAGCAGGCUAUCAAGGACAUUGUCAACAUCAUCGAUUCGGAAUCGUACCGACUUGCCGGCACCGACCCCAUCGUCGAUUUCCUCUCCAAGCUCUUUGUUGACUUUGACUUCGAGGCCGCCCAGGAGCAGCUCACACUCGCCGAGCAGGUCGCUGCCAAGGACUUCUUCCUCGGAGAGUUCAAGGACGAGCUGGUCGAGGCAUGCCGUGUUAUCAUCUCCGAAGCGUACUGCCGAAUUCACUCCAAGGUCGACAUCGCUGACCUCGUCAAGCGACUUAACCUUUCCAAGGAGGAUGGCGAAAAGUGGAUCGUCAACCUGGUGCGCGACACGCGUGCUGAUGCCAAGAUCGACUUCAAGGAGGGUAUGGUGUUUAUGAACCCCACUCAUCCUCCUGUCUACCAGACUAUCAUCGAAAAGACCCGAGGUUUCACCUUCCGGACCUCGGCCAUGGGCACGGCUAUCGACCGCAAGGCACACCCGCCCUCGUUCAACAACACACAUAACCUCAACGGCAACGACAAGCGCGGCGGCGCCGGCGGUCGUGGUGGCCGCGGUGGUCAGCGCAACCAGGGUGGUCAGCGAGACCGCUCGCACGCCAACAACAACGAGUCGAAGCGUGAUGGCGAGUCGGCGCCAGCCGCAGAGGCACAGCAACAGCAAUCAGCGCCAGCAGUCGCUGCCAACUAA